AUAUAAAUAUUGUAUCUGUGCCACUGCUAUCAACUAUGCAAAAUUUUGUGUUUUCAGCUAGGAGAGUGCAGACUAAGUCUUUAUAAUUGUGAUUAAAUUGUUUUGUAAGUUUUUAACUUUUCUUUCGGACAUCUUAGAAGGGGUCCAUGCUUUAAAUCUGACAUGAAUAUCUGAUACUGUAGCUAAUCAAGGGUGAACCGAGAACAGACAUCAUGUUUCAAAAACAGACCUUCGGAGCCGCCAACACCGGCUUUGGAUCUUUCAACGCCGGGGCCAGUACAUCAUCACCGUUCAGUGGUUUCAAACCUGCGGCCAGCACCAGUGGCUUCGGAGCAGCCCCGGCCUUCGGCGCCACCGCCGCCCAGCAACCGGCUACAGGCGGAGGUCUAUUCGGCUCCACGAACACGUCGGGCGGUCUAUUCGGGGGCACCACGUCCACCUCCUCCGGCUUCGGCUCGUCCGGCUUCGGGUUCGGAGGGACCUCCAGCGGCGGGCUGUUCAACAACACCAGCGGGGGACUGUUCGCCAACAACCAGAACACAAGCGCCUUCGGAGCUAAGCCUGCUACAGGGUUCGGGUUCGGUGCGGGCUCGGCCCCGGCCCCCAGCGGAGGCCUGUUCGGGUCCCAGCCCUCCACCUCCACGGGGAUCUUCGGCCAGCAGAACAAUACCCUCGGGACGGGCCUGUUCAUUAACAGCGCCGGCGGGUUCGGCCAGCAGGCGCAGGGCACGGCUCACGUGAAGUACAACCCGGUGGUGGGGACGGACGUGGUGGUGAAGUCGGGCUCCUCGCAGAACGUGAACAUCAAACACCACUGCAUCACCUGCAUGAAGGACUAUGAGAGUAAGUCCCUGGAGGAGCUGCGUCUGGAGGACUACGUGGCCGGCAGGAAGGGAGCCAGCGGAGUGUUCGGCUUCCAGCAGACGGAAAACAAGCCGCUGUUCGGAACCAGCUCCACGUUCGGCCAGCCCGCCACGACCAGCGCCCCGAGUCUCUUCGGCUCGUCCAGCAUCGGCUCCGCCCCGGCCUUCGGACAGACCAAUACCUUCUCGUUCGGGGGCGGCGCGCAGCCGGGGGCGCAGACCACGGGCCUGUUCGGAGCCAACAAGCCGGCCUUCGGCGCCACCACCAACACCGGCACAAGUCUUUUCUCAACAACGACGACCCAAGCCCCGGCCUUCGGCACCGCCACAUCCACAUUCGGCUUCGGAGCCAACACGCAGAACCAGCCGGGAGGGUUGUUCAACAGCAAGCCGGCGACCACGGGCUUCGGCUCCACCCCCAGCUCGGGCUUCGGGGGCUUCGGCACCGGCAUGUUCGCCAAAACUAACACCACCACGGCCAGCUUCGGCACCACCACGCCCGCGUUCGGCUCCACGGGCUUCGGCACCAACACCUCGGGCUCCAGCCUGUUCGGGAACAACACGUUCGGGAAGCCGGCGACAACGACGCCCUCGUUCGGAUUCAACACACAACCUACCCUCGGUCUAGGCGGCGGCCUGGGCUCAUCGUUCCAGUCCAAGCCGGCCAACUCGGGCUUCGGUACACUGGGAGGGACGGGCUCUCUGUUCCAGCAGCCAGCUCAGAACACCUUCAGAACCGACUCGGGCGUGGGCGGAGGUCUGUUCAACAACACCUUGGGCUCGCUGGGCGCCACGCAAGUCAACAACGCCAGCGUCGCGGGGGCUCCGCUGGGCGGCUCGUCCAACGUGCACGAACAAAUACUCACUCUAGUAGCGAGACCCUACGACACUCCGCUCUUCAAAGACCUCGCUCCGGACACAGCGACAUCUACCGAGGAGGUGCUGAAGCCGACCAACCCCUCGGCGGUGAGGGCGGUGCUGGACUCGUACAAGGUGUCGCCCAACAACAGGACCAGGGUCACGGUCCGGCCCGGGCCUCACAAGCAUGACAAGAAGUCUCUGUUCGACGGCCUGGAGGAGGGAGACGCCAGCGUGGAGGACAAGCUGACGACACGACCCAGCAGGAAGAGGCUCGUGCUGAGGAACAGGCCGCCAGCCGACAGGUCGCUGGAGGAGAGUCAACAGAACGGCGGCGAGGAGCGCCCGGCGGCAGAACACGACAAGGUCGACGGCGAACACACGCAGAGCGACGCAGCGGCGAAUCGGCACGGCAGCUGGCUCGCGUCUCCGAAGAACUCAAACUCCUGGAAGGAAAAUGAGAAGCCGGCUGACAGUGAGCCGGCUGCGAGGCUGUACCCCGACCUGGAGAAGGAGCUCCCGCCGCAGGUGCCGGACAGACGGGCCAGCUGGCUGUCGUCUCUGCCCCUGCGCCCUCUGCCGGGGUCUCUGGACGCGGAGAGCUCCGUCAGGGAGCUGGUCCGGGGAGGCAGGGACAAAGUAUCCGAGGAGGAGAAUAUUCCCCCCCGGGAGGUCGCGCCCCACCCGGCCGGGGUCAAGCUGACGAGGCCGGGAUACUACACCAUACCCAGCCUGGAGGAGAUGACUGAGUAUCUCCGACCCGAUGGUACCUGCCGCGUGCCUCACCUCACCAUCGGCAGGAAGAACUACGGGAACGUGUUCUACGACUGUGAGAUCGACGUGGCCGGCCUCGACCUGGACCACCUGGUCCACUUCCUGAACAAGGAGGUGAUCAUCUACCCCGAGGACGAGGGGAAGCCGCCGGUCGGCUCGGGUCUCAACCGCCGGGCCGUGGUCACGCUUGAGAGGGUCUGGCCCCGCGACAAGACCGAGAGGAGGCCCGUCACGGAACCCGACAGGUUACUGAAGAUGGACUACGAGGGCAAGCUGAGGCGGGUGUGUGACAAGCACGACACCAAGUUCAUAGAGUACAGGCCGCAGACGGGCAGCUGGGUGUUCAGGGUGGAACACUUCAGCAAGUACGGCCUGACUGACUCGGAUGAGGAGGACGACAUCACACCCAACAUACUCAAGAGACAGCUGGUGGACCAGAACUUACAGCAGUCUGCAGCACCUCCUAAGCCGCCGCCACCGUCUGCCGGCCAGCAGCCAGGUCUAGGAGGUCUCGGAGGUCCGGUCGCUCCGGCUACAUCGGGGCCGGGACUGAGCGGGUCCGGGGCGGGUCCAGCGGGCCCCGGCCUCACCCUCGGCCUGUCAACAACCUCCGUAGGGAGAGACGAGUACAUGGAGCAGACAUCACUCAACCUGUUGAACGGAACUAAUAAAGGCUUCACUAUGGACGUCACUGAGGAUGGGGACCAGAACAGUCUGUACCAGGACGGAGGUGUGUGUGUGAAGAGCCCCACGAGUGAGCUGGCCCGCCUGGAACACCGCGGCAGCCACCGCCUGCAGCUGAUGAAGGCCAGCCUGUACGCCGACGGCGCCGCGGACAUGAUGGAGGAGGUAUCCUCGUUCUCCGGGGACCAGCUGGUGCCUCACGCGGCGAUGACGUCACCACACCCCACCAGCGACACCAUCCGGGAGGUGGUGCAGACCGUGGACUCUACACAAGUGCAGCCGGAAGUGUCGGAGGUGAUGGCGCGUCCCAUAACAGUUCACCCUCACACUGUGGUGCUGAAGUACCACAAGAAGAUACCACCCUUCAGGGAGACCAUAGCCGGUCGUAUGUCAGCAUCUUCCCUGGUGGACCUGUCCGUGUCCCGAGCCCGGCUGUCUCGCUGGUGUGGCCGGCCGGGGGUCAUGGUGGUACACUCCACCACAGCCGCAGCCGACCACCUCCCACCAGCGUCGGACCUGGGAGACCUAGGUCUGUACGUGUCGGGGCGGGCGGAGCACGACUGGAGCGACCAAGUGCUGCUGCGGGUGGCCUUCGGAGCGCCGGAGGGGACUGCGGCCAUGGAGUGCCUGUCACGGCAGCUGAACAGCCUGCUGGAGUGUUCCGACACGGACACGACACGACCGAUCUGUCCGCGACUCGUCGUGCGACAGGAACCUCUUCAGAGGAGGAGACUCCUCGCUAAGCUGCUGGAGCACGCCAAGGUGGCUGAGGACUAUAAACCCAAGUUCGGCGUGUCAGGACAGUACUGCGUCCAGGUGUGGAAGCUGUGUGAGGCGCUGUGGGGGCUGGACCUGGAGAAUGAUGGUGUUCCGGGUAACACGGAGCAGUAUGUGGUGUCUCAGCACCAGCGGCUGGUGGAGUGGCUGAAGGAGGUGGUGCAGCGGUCCACGGACGAGGAGCUGGAGCAGCCCGGAGACCUGGAAGAUAUUGAUGAGUACGACGCUCACAGCAGCAAGGUGUGGUGGCUGGUGGUAGGUGGCAGGACCCUGGAGGCCUGCAAGCUCGCCAGAGACAAGGGAGACCUCAACAUGGCCGCUAUCAUAACACAGGCCAGCGGUGACCCGGCCUUCAAGAGCCUCUUGGAGCGCCAGCUGCGAGUGUGGAGGGAGUGCGGGGCGGAGGGGCUGGUGGCGGAGUCGCGGCGGGCCACCAUCAGUCUCCUGGCGGGACUACGCCCCCGAGGGUACUUCGAGAAGUGCGACUGGCUGAGAGUACUGCUGGCGGUCGCCUGCUACAUCUGCCCGCAGGUGCCGACCCUGGAACAGAUCCUGCGCACGUACGAGAGCUACCUCACGGACGACGAGAUGAGCGUGCAGCAUCCGCGACCCGCCUACCAGGAGCGAUACGACGCACGGCUGGAUAACAACCCGUCUCCGUGGCGCGACCUCCGCUACGAGCUGCUGAAGGCCAGGGCCACCCAGGGCCGGCCGCGGACCGACACGCACACCUACACACCGGACACGAUGGACUGUUCCCUGAGCUUCCUGGUGGGGUCGUGGCUGGGCGUGUCGUCUUCCAGCAGUGUCACGGGAACGGCUGAACAGCUGGAGGCGGCCGGCAGCUGGCACCUGGCCGUGCAGGUGUUGGCCUACCUUCCCGACGACACACUGCGAGGUCAUCUCAUCCGUCAAGUGCUGAACCGCAACGCGCCCUCCAAAUUCGAGGGUCCAGUGGACGAGGAGCGCCUGGCUCUGAUGAAGAGGCUGAGGAUACCUCACACCUGGCUGUUGGCAGCACAAGCCUGGAGAGCCAAGUAUGAGCACAAGCCGCUGCUUCAAGCCGAACACCUGGUGGCCGCCCAGGAGUGGACGGAGGCUCACCGUGUGCUGGUCGAGGAACUGCUCACUGGUGCCGUGCUCUCCGACAAGCUGUCGAGCAUCUCGGGCGUGGUGUGCGAGCUGAGCGCCGCGUCCCGCCAGCACCUGGUCCGCGGCUGGAGCCCCGCCGCGGACGCGCUCACACACUACCUGCGCCUGUGCGAGGAGAUCCGAGAAGUGGUAAACGCGGGGGGAGCCGCCGCCGGGGACGGGCUGAAGGCGCUCCGCCCCUCCCUGACAGCCGCAUGUAGGGCUCUGGCACAGUUUGAACCCAGGAGUCCGAAGCAGGCGGCGGCUCACUCGGAGAUGGGCGCCCGGCUGGUGCAGCUGUCUCUCGCGGGGGGCCGGCCCGCGCCUCACAUGGCGGCCCUGCUGGCGGCCCUCAGACUGCCCCCGGACUGCGCCGCCGCCGCCGCCACUAAGAUAGCGACCGACCUCGCGGAACGAGCCUCGGAGGUGUGUCUGGAGUCGGCCGUGAGGAACUAGGAGCGAACACACGCACAAAGAGAGAGACACACACAGACACACACGCAUACACACACACACACACACACACGCAUACACACACACAUAUAUAUAUAUACACACACACACAUAUAUACACGACAUGCAACCCUUGUAAUGAAAACAAUUAUGAAUUAAAAUUGACAUUGUAUUUUGAAUUAAUGGAAUUAUAACAAAUUAAAACGAAUAUUAAAAAAACCCUUUCGCGUAAUAUACCGCAUAUGUGUCCGUCUGUUAAAAUAUAAGUUAAGAACAGGCCCGGAGCGAGGAGCGGGGAGCGGCCCGUGUUGAUGUAAGAGUAUUUUUGUAAUGAAUUAAUGUAUGUAAGGUUAUGAAUAGCUUGUUAUUAAAUAUAGAGAAAUA